UUAAAUAGUAUACAAUUUCUACAAACUAUCGAAAAUUUUAUUGAAUUGCAGGUUCCCCCAGGAUUAUACGACGAGAGAGGCACCUCUUUGAACAAAAAAAGCGUAUACAUAUCGAAAAACAGUCCACCACAGGUUUGCAAAGCAUACGCCAAACAAUUCAAAGAGGACUUUUCCGUGUUUCUCAAGUCACGCUCCCGAGAACUCGUUCAUGGAGGCCGGAUGGUGCUUGUUUUCACUGUUAGAAAUGGUGCUGACUUUUACAGUAAGGACAACACAUUUUUAUGGGAACUUCUUUAUCAAUCUCUCCGAGCUCUCGUUUCUAAGGUACGUACGUUGUCACCUAUUUUUUUCAUAAGGGUGUUCCAGGGUAUAAUUGAGGAGGAGAAAUUGGAAAGUUUUGAUGUUCACUAUUAUAGGGCAUCCAAGGAAGAAAUAGAAGAUGUAGUAAAAGAAGAGGGUUCCUUCAAAUUAGAGUAUCUUGAGAUGUUCGAAAAGGAGAUGAAUUUGACGAGCAACGUUCCGGUGUUAGCCAAAGCAGUUCGAGCAGUACAAGAACCGAUGGUUUCGCACCAUUUCGGGGAGGCGGUAAUGGACAGCUUAUACGACGAAUAUGGAAGAUUAUUGGAACUGAAGACGGCCAAACAAGAUAUCUGCAAGUUCAUUGACAUUGCUCUUGUUCUUGGUAAAUUAUGAGUGCAAAGGUU